GCAGUUUAUAUCACAAGCUUAAAAACAAGCAGACGAUAUCGAAAAAGAAGAAAAAUUAGACUUAUUAAUUGUUUUUAAAACAUUUAAAUAACUUACGCCAGGUUUACCGAGAACAGCGCCAAUGAGUGGUGGUAUUGCACCAAGUAAAAGCACAGUUUAUGCUUCAAAUCUUCAAUUUACCUUAACAAACAAUGAUCUUCACAAAGUAUUUGAAAAAUUCGGAAAAAUCGUCAAAGUAACUAUAGUAAAAGAUAAAGAAACACGAAAGAGUAAAGGUGUUGCCUUUGUUCAAUUUCUGGAUAAGUUUGAUGCCACAAAGGCUAUAGAAUCUUUAAACGGAACAGAUUUAUUCGGUCGCAAACUUAAGUGCAGCAUGGCGAAAGAUAAUGGAAGAUCUACAGAAUUUAUCAAAAGAAGGCAAUACACCGAUAAAUCUCGUUGUUAUGAGUGCGGUGAAGAGGGUCAUCUUAGCUACAAGUGCCCGUUAAAUGCUCUAGGAGAUAGACAAGCUCCGAAGAAGAAAGAGAGAAAGGAGAAGAUGAGAAAGAGGAAAUUUGAACCAAAUGAAAGGAAUGUCGACGAAGAGGAAGAGAAUAUAGAAUCUGACGACAAUGCAGAAGAUCCUGCUCUUGAAUCUUUAGCAGCUAUAAUAUGGGAAGAAACUGAUAGAAAAAAUGUCUCUCAUGAUGGAUCUAAGAAAAAGAGAGUAUAUAAAAAAAGUUCAUAUUUUAGUGACGAAGAAGAAUUGGAGUAA